AUGAUAAACAAUACAAACAGCUUCUUGCAAACUACAAAUGAUCAAUGUCAAAAUGAAGCUGAUGGUUUAUUAAUAAAUACAAAUAUAACAUUAAGAGAUCAUCGUUGUCCAAAUAUAUUCAGUUCACCAUUUUAUAUUAUUCAAGCAAUUUGUAUUGCUUUUUUUACAUUGGAAUUUCUUCUUCGUCUUGUAACUUGUCCAUCAUAUUUUAAAUUUAUAAAAUCAAUUUUAAAUUGGAUUGAUUUACUUGCUAUAGUACCAUUUUUUAUUCGACUCACAAUAAUUCUUAUUCGAGCUCAUUAUGAAACCGAUUCAAAUGUUUAUCUUAUUUUACGUCUUCUUCGUAUUAUACGUUUUAUACGUAUAUUUAAACUUUAUCGUAUAUUUAAAAGUAUUCAAUCAUUACGUGUACUUGCUAGUACAUUGAAAGAAUCAUUGGCUGAUUUUAUUAUCAUACUUACAUUUCUUUCACUUAGCGGAUUUCUAUUUGGUGCGGCAUUUUAUUUUACUGAAAAUUCAAUGAACGAAAAUAUGUUUGAUUCAAUACCAACAGCAACUUACUAUGGUAUUAUGACAAUUACAGCUGUUGGAUAUGGUGAUUUAUCACCAGUGACACCAUUAGGACGAGUAUUAGCGUCUUUAUGUGCUAUUUUUGGUAUUUCAGUUGUAUCUAUGCUUGUUUCCGUACUUGCCGAAAGAUAUCAACGAGUUUAUACACGAAAACUUUUUCUUAAUGAAAAAUAUUCUGAUGAUCCUGUUUUCGAAGAUGAUGAAGAAACUGAUUCUACAUUAUCACUAUCAAAUGAUGAUGAUUUAUUUCAAAGUCAAACAUCCGUUACACCACAAAUGAAAUCGAUUUCAAAAACUAUCGAACUAGCUGAAGAUGAUGAAACAAAUAAAGUAAAAUCAUUGGGAAAUUCAACAGAAAAAAUUCAAUUUGUUAUUGGUUUUAUAUUAGAUGAUUCAAAGAAAAGAGAAGAUUUAAUCAUGACUGAAAUGAUUAAAGAAAUUCUUGAUGUUAAAUUUGGAAAACAAUAUUUAAUUACUAGAACAGAUGUUUCAUUAUAA